GUUGCGCGUCUUGUCUUGGGCACAGGUAAGCGGGUGCCUACAUGGCUGUAUUUUUAAGAGAGUAAAUAAGCAAACAAAUUAUCUGUUGGCCUCAAUAAUGAUAACUUUUGUGCUAGUGUAAAAAAAAUCACACAAACGAUGGAACAUUUCACGUGUAGUGCGCAACUCGACCAGAUGGCGUCUCCUACAGUAAAACUUCGCCCUGCUCUCUCCAUGAGAGUGCACUGCAGUCAUGCCAGUCAAUAUGAGCGAGUCCAUGGAUACGGAGAGGAAGUAAAGGGACCGAAUGAACAUCCUCAAAUAUAACCCAAACGAUUUUAAAACCAUUUGUUCCUGGACUUUUCCUGAAGCAGUCUGUGAUGACAUUAUGGGCGAAGAAAUGGCACCAAGGUCUUUCGUCUAAGUGCUGUGUAAAACCAUCCACCUGGCUACGCGGAACAGCUCCAAAGUAUUCUAAUGGCAAGACACCUGCCAUGAAUGGGGAUCAGGUCAAGUGGCUAACUUGCUAGCACGCAGCGGAGGUCCUCGCAAGUUAAUUCAAAGUAACAACAACAACAACGUAUCACUCUGUGCGACUCUAAUUGGAAAAUGACGUUCGGGCAAGGAUUAAUCGCCGCACCAAACUUUGUGGGAAUAUCUCUAUUUUUGUAAUCGGAGUAGCUGCGUUCUUUAUUUGCUCUAAAUGUUACCGCGGUUUUGGUGGUAAAACUGUGAGACCUCAUUCAGGGGAAUAUGUCAAUCAACGAGCUUUAUACAAAGUACACCCGGGUGUGGGUGCCGGACGCAGAGGAGGUAUGGAAGUCAGCCGAGAUCGUCCGAGACUACAAGGAGGGGGAGCCCAUCCUGCACAUCAAGCUGGAGGAUGAGUCGGCGGUAGAGUACGCCAUCGGACCCAAAAACAACCAGCUCCCGUUCCUACGUAACCCCGAUAUCCUGGUGGGGGAGAAUGACCUCACGGCACUCAGCUACCUGCACGAGCCCGCCGUGCUCCACAACCUCAAGGUCCGCUUCCUGGAGUCCAACCACAUCUACACAUACUGCGGCAUCGUGCUGGUGGCCAUCAACCCGUAUGCAGAGCUGCAUAUCUAUGGAGAUGAGGUCAUCAAUGCCUACAGCGGCCAGAACAUGGGGGACAUGGACCCCCACAUAUUCGCCGUGGCCGAGGAGGCCUACAAGCAAAUGGCCAGGGACGAGAAGAACCAGUCCAUCAUCGUCAGCGGGGAGUCCGGGGCGGGCAAGACGGUGUCGGCCAAGUACGCCAUGCGCUACUUCGCUACGGUGGGCGGCUCGGCCAGCGAUGCCAACGUGGAGGAGAAAGUCCUGGCCUCCAGUCCCAUCAUGGAGGCAAUAGGCAACGCCAAAACCACACGAAACGACAACAGCAGUCGCUUUGGCAAAUACAUCCAGAUUGGCUUCGACCGGCGGUACUACAUCAUCGGGGCCAACAUGCGCACUUAUCUACUGGAGAAGUCGAGAGUUGUAUUUCAGGCUGAGGAUGAAAGGAACUACCACGUCUUCUACCAGCUCUGCGCCUCGGGCAGCCGCUCGGAGUUCAAAGACCUGGCCUUGACCAGUGCAGAAGACUUCAUCUACACCGCCAUGGGGGAGAACAUCUUCAUCGAGGGGGUGAACGAUGCCCAUGACUUUGACAAGACGAGAGAGGCGUUCACAUUACUAGGUUUCAAGGAGAGUUACCAGAUGGGCAUCUUCAAGAUAAUUGCCUCUAUUCUGCACUUGGGCAAUGUAGAGAUUCGCUCGGAGAGAGACGGAGAGUCCUGUCACAUUGAUAGUGAUGACCCCCACCUGCACCACUUCUGUCGGCUGCUGGGGGUGGAGCGCGAGCAGAUGGAGCACUGGCUGUGCCGCCGCAAGCUGGUGACCACGUCCGAGACCUACGUGAAGAACAUGUCCACCAAGACGGCCAGCAACGCCCGCGACGCCCUGGCCAAGCACAUCUACGCACACCUCUUCGACUGGAUCGUGGACAACAUCAACCGAUCGCUGCACACCACGGAAAAGCAGCACUCCUUCAUCGGGGUGCUCGACAUCUAUGGGUUUGAAACGUUUGAGAUCAACAGCUUUGAGCAAUUCUGCAUCAACUACGCCAACGAGAAACUUCAGCAGCAGUUUAACUCGCAUGUGUUCAAGCUGGAACAAGAGGAGUACAUGAAGGAACAGAUCCCCUGGACUCUCAUUGACUUCUACGACAACCAGCCGUGCAUCGACCUGAUCGAGGCCAAACUGGGCAUCUUGGACCUUCUGGACGAGGAGUGCAAGAUGCCAAAAGGAACCGACCAGAAUUGGGCCCAAAAGCUCUACGACCGCCAUUCCAGCUCAGAGCACUUCCAGAAGCCCAGGAUGUCCAACCAGUCCUUCAUAGUCAUCCAUUUUGCAGACAAGGUCGAGUAUCAAUGUGACGGGUUCCUGGAGAAGAACAGAGAUACGGUCUAUGAAGAGCAGAUCAACAUCCUCAAAGCCAGCAAGUUCCAGCUGGUUGCUGACCUCUUCCAGGAGGGUAAAGAAUCCUCCUCUUCCUCGUCCUCUUCCUCGUCUAGCAAGUCCUCCAGGAUCAAUGUGCGGCCGGCCAAAACCAUCCCCAAGGCCCACAACAAAGAGCACCGCAAGACAGUGGGACACCAGUUCCGCAGCUCCCUGCAUUUGCUGAUGGACACCCUGAAUGCCACUACACCUCACUACGUCAGGUGCAUCAAGCCCAACGACUUCAAAGAGUCCUUUUCGUUCGACUCGAGGAGAGCUGUCCAACAACUGAGAGCAUGUGGUGUCCUGGAGACCAUCCGCAUCAGUGCGGCAGGAUACCCGUCCAGGUGGACGUACGGAGACUUCCACAGCCGCUACCGGGUGCUGAUGAAGAAGAGCGACCUGGCCGCCGGCGACAAGAAGCUGCUCUGCAGGAAGCUGCUGGAGACUCUGAUCAAGGACCCUGACAAGUUCCAGUUCGGUAAGACCAAGAUCUUCUUCCGGGCGGGCCAGGUGGCCUACCUGGAGAAGCUCCGCGCCGACAAGUUCCGCUCGGCCUGCAUCAAGAUCCAGAAGACGGUGCGGGGAUGGCUGCAAAGGACACGCUACAGGAAGAUCCGCAAGUCGGCCCUCACGCUGCAGAGAUUCGGACGAGGCUACCUGGCGCGCAGGUAUGCGGAGCAGCUGCGUCUGACCAAGGCCGCCCUGGUGUGCCAGAAGCAGUACCGUAUGGUGCGCGUGCGGCGUGAGUUCCUGAAGACGCGCUCGGCUGUGGUCACCAUCCAGGCCUUCUACCGGGGCAUGUUCGUCCGCCGCCUCUACCACGAGUUCCUGAUUCACCACAAGGCCACCAUCAUCCAGAAGUACGUGCUGGGCUGGCUGGAGAGGAGGCGCUACCAGCGCGCUCGCAACGCCGCCAUCGUCAUCCAGUGUGCCUACCGCCGGGUGCUGGCCAAGAGGCGGUUCAAGCAGCUGAAGAUCGAGGCCCGCUCCGCCGAGCACUUUAAGAAACUCAACACGGGCAUGGAGAACAAGAUCGUACAGCUCCAGAGGAAGAUGGACGAACAGAGCAAAGACUACAAGACGCAGGCCGAGCAGCUGAACGUGACCAACAACGCCCUCAACACGGAGGUGACCAAGCUGCACAAGGAGCUGGACGUCAUGCGCAGUCGCCAGAACAACAACACCCAGAUGACCUCCCUCCAGGAGGAACUGGAGAGGCUGAGGGCGGAGCUGGAGGAAGCACACGCCCACAGGAAGCGCCUGGAGGAGGAGCACAGCAAUGAGAAGCAGGGCCUGGAACAGAGAGUGGAGGAGCUGGAGCAGGAGAAUCUUCUGCUGAAGGAGGAGAAAGAGAACAUGAACGAGAAGAUCUUCAACCAGUCCAACGGCACAGAUGCUAAGUUGAACUCGUCCCAGAAGGAGAGUCGUCUGCAGUCGGACCUGGACGAGGAGCGCCAGCGCUACCAGAACCUGGUGAAGGAGUACUCACGCCUGGAGCUGCGCUACGACAACCUGCAGGAAGAGGUCUCCCUUGCCAAGUUCCAACCAGGGCACCGUAGGAUUCCAUCCAACGCGAGCAGCCUGGGCUCCGACUCUCCCUACCCCUCCUUCACCCCCUCUGAUGUGGGAGACACCGAUGAUGCCCUGCAGCAAGUGGAGGACAUGGGUGUGGAGAAGGCAGCGAUGGACAUCAGCCUGUUCAUGAAGCUGCAGAAGCGCGUGAGGGAGCUGGAGCAGGAGCGGAAGAGGCUCCAGAGCAGCCUGGAGAAGAUGGAGGACCUCGCCAAGCGCAAGGGGAUCGAACCCAAAAGCCCCACCUCCGACGAUGACGCGGACUACAACAUUCUCAAGAGACAGGAGCUGGAGUCGGAGAACAAGAAGCUGAAGAAUGACCUCAACGAGCUGCGCAAGGCGGUGGCGGACCGGGCGGCCCAGAGCAACGGCUCCAACGAGCUGCAGGAGGGCUACAACCUGCUCCUCAGCCAGCUGAAGGAGGCCAACGAGGAGCUGGAGGUGCGCAAGGAGGAGGUGCUCAUCCUCCGCACCCAGAUCGUCAGCACCUCCAAGCAGGGAGACACCACCACCAACCACAUCGACUCUAACAGUGUGCCCGAGUGGAGCAACAACAAGAAGCCAGCCAACAAGGAGGAGGCCCUGGAGGCUUACCAAGGCCUGUGCGAGGCCAAGAAGCUAUUGGAGGCCCAGUUGCAGAGCCAGUCUCGCAAGCACGGGGACGAGCUGGUGGCGCUGCACACCCAGAUCGAGGUGCUGCGUGAGGACUUGGAGAAGAAGCAGGAGGCCCUGGGCCAGAUCAUGGCCCUGUCCCCCGAGGACAAGGUGGAGUACAGCGUGCAGCAGGAGAUCACGCGCCUCACCAACGAGAACCUGGAUCUGAAGGAGCUCAUGGAGAAGUUGGAGAAGAACGAGCGCAAGCUUAAGAAACAGCUGAGAAUCUACAUGAAGAAGGUGCAGGAGCUGGAGGUGAGCCAGGCCAGUGCGGUGCAGACCUCCAAGGCUCGUCCGGAGCUGAGUCGGCAGGUGACAGUGCAGCGGAAGGAGAAGGACUUCGAGGGCAUGCUGGAGUACUACAAGGAGGACGAGGCAGUGCUCAUACGCACACUCAUCACAGAUAUGACUCCCGGCACGGUGUCGGCCACGGUGCCUUGUCUUCCGGCCUACAUCCUGUUCAUGUGCAUCCGCCACGCCGACUACAUCAACGACGAUCAGAAGGUCCACUCGCUCCUCACCACCACCAUCAACGCCAUCAAGAAAGUGCUCAAGAGAAACAACAAUGACUUUGAGAUGACCUCAUUCUGGCUAGCGAACACAAGCCGCCUCCUGCACUGUCUGAAGCAAUACAGCGGAGAUGAGGCCUUCAUGACCCAGAACUCGGCCAAACAGAAUGAGCACUGCCUGAAGAACUUUGACCUGGCGGAGUACCGGCAGGUGCUGAGUGACCUCUCCAUCCAGAUCUACCAGCAGCUGGUCAAGGUGGCCGAGGCCAUCAUGCAGCCCAUGAUUGUGUCGGCCAUGUUGGAGAGCGAGAGCAUCCCCAGCCUGUCGGGGGUGAAGCCCAUGGGCUACCGUAACCGCUCCUCCAGCAUGGACACGGAGGGCGGAGGCCCCGGGGGAUACACGCUGGAGGCACUCAUCCGGCAGCUGGGACAGUUCCACAGCACCAUGGGUGAGCACGGCCUGGACCCUGAGAUUGGCCAGCAGGUAGUGAGGCAGCUCUUCUACUCCAUCAACGCCGUCACUCUCAACAACCUGCUGCUGCGCAAAGACGUCUGCUCCUGGAGCACCGGCAUGCAGCUCAGGUAUAACAUCAGCCAGAUGGAGGAGUGGUUGCGUGGGCGUAACCUGCAGCUGAGCGGGGCGGUGGGCACGCUGGAGCCCCUCAUCCAGGCCGCCCAGCUGCUGCAGGUCAAGAAGAAGACCUCGCAGGACGCAGAGGCCAUCUGCUCCCUCUGCACCGCGCUCUCAGUGCACCAGAUUGUGAAAAUCCUCAAUCUCUACACUCCACUGAAUGAGUUUGAAGAGAGGGUCACCGUGUCCUUCAUUCGAGACAUUCAGAAUCGCCUGCAGGACCGCGGCGACGUGCACAACCAGCCGCAGCAGCUCCUGGUGGACACCAAGCACACCUUCCCCGUGCUCUUCCCCUACACGCCCUCCGCACUCGGCCUGGAGAACAUGCACAUCCCCGCCUCCCUCAACCUCGACUUCCUCAUACGAGUCUGAUCACCAUUCUCCACAGCAAUGCACCAAUUACUACCCCUUGGAACGCCCAGCCAGCCAGCCAGCCAGCCAGCCAGCCAGCCAGCCAGCCAGCCAGCCAGCCAGCCAGCCAGCCAGCCAGCCAGCCAGCCAGCCAGCCAGCCAGCCAGCCAGCCAGCCAGCCACCACUCUCCUGUGUACAAAGGAGAACGUUGUAGCUCUUCUGCUUCACCUGGACUUCAAACCUGGACUUUCCAAUCAGUUUGACCCCCUACUCAACGCUAAAUCCCACAUACCGUCUAGAUACCUUCUCCAGCCAGCCGGGCAGCUGUCCAUGAGAGCCCUUUAUCCAAGAGGGAGCACCCCACCCCCCAAGUCACAAUCAUGUUGAUCUUUCUUCUUGGUCUUCUGCAGUUUGACUCUUUUUCUUCCUGAGCAGUGACGAACACUCACUUCGUGGUGUACUGGCUGGGCUGUUUUGCUUCUGUUAGAUAAAGGUUUCGGGGGAGGGUAGAGUUGGCAAGGAUAAGGAAACAAAAAUAAUAAUCACUGGAAGAUCUCCAUUGUGCAUCAAAUCGUAAGGUGGCUGGCUUUUUUCCCAAUCCACAGAUUUGUACGUGCCAAGCAACUGGACCACAAACAAAACAUACUGAUACGGUCUGAGGUCAAGACCCUUCACACUACACAGACCAAUAGUGCCAAUGAUGCUGGAACUCUCAUGUGCAGCUUGACAUCACAUCGCAGAGCAACGUGGUGUGAUAUUGUGUGGUUUGUGAUAUACAGUAAGUGGCACCCGUCAGCGCAUACGGCCAGGCGUGUGGCAUCAGCUGAAGGCGUUUUUUGAGGGUUUUGAUGCCACAACCGAUGCCACAACCAGACUAGUGCUACCGCGAUAGCUGCCGUCUCCUUGCUGAUUGUGUUCCACAGCAGAGAUCCAUCCAGAGGUUCUUCUCUCUUUUUUUAGUUUUAAAGAAAAGUUUUUUCUAGGCAGCCAAAAAAGGGCUGCAUUGCAGUGGGGCUGUGUCUGGCACUGCUGCCUCAUUAAUGUUCAAAGGAGACCUCGUCUCAUCUUUUUUUUCUUUCUUUCUUUCUUUUUUACUUUUUUCUCUGGGGAUUUUUUUUUUUUGCUCCUCCGUCUCCAAGAAAAGUCUCUGUCUUUUUGUUAUGCAGCAGUUUGGAACUUUUUCAUUGUGUUUGGAUCGCUCUCCUCUUUCCUGUACCCAUUUGGGAUUUUUCUCAUUAUCUUGCAGCCAAGACUUUUUUUUCCUGGCUGUACGCAAUGUAAUGCGUUGCAGCUUACCUGUGUGUACAGUCUUUGAAAGGCCUGUAUACGUGAAAAAGAGCGAGAGAUGGUGAGAGGCGAACAUAAGAAAGACAUGCUGCACGUUGUAGAUGGAGUGGAGGAGGGAGGUAAAGGGAGGAUGAGAAAUAUUCGUCCUGACGAGGAACUGAAGUCGUACAUGAAGGGUAACAAAGCAGGUGUACUUCGGCAGGUGAGAGGCGAGUGCGAGAGAUGAGAUGAGAUGAGAUGAGAAGAGAAGACGACGCAAAAGUUAAAUGCACAAUGACUGGAGCAAGAGAAGCGCUGGUGCUCAUAAACUCUACAGUAGGUUUGUCAGAGGCCUUUAAUGUUCUGGAGUGGGAGGAUCGGCAGGCUCAUUACCUGCAACUCGUGUGGUUAAAUUCUUCAAAGAAUGGCAUAAUAAAAGCACCAAACACUCAAGCUGUUCAGCAGAAUGUGACCUGUGAUGAUUAAUGCCGCCUUGUUCAGAACUUUUUCUACAAGAUGCUCCGUUCAUGUUUUAUGCUCCACAGCAGUGCAGCAGUACAAACCACUAAGGCGAAGCAAAGCUCACCCAGGCUUGAGUGGGUGGCUGGGAUGGGUUUUUUUUAUUAUUAUUAUUAUUUUCUUCAGAAUUAUGAGUGUAACUAGGGGCAGUGACAAACAUGCACAGGGUUUAAAAAAAAAAAAAAAAAACGUUAGUAGUGUGAUCCUGCUCUCAUGCUGCAUGCUUCCUCCUGAGUUUCGAUGCUCACUCUCGUCUCGAGUCUCAUCACGGACAAAUGGUUCAACUUCAACUUGACUGGAUGAUCCCCCCUCCCCGCUCGUCCUUCCGAAAGAUCAUCACAGGACUUGGGUUAAACUAAUGCACCAAGGUGUCAGCUAAACCCAUUCAUGCCUCAAGUCACAACCAAAAAAUAAUCAUCAAAUUCACCUGCUGGCUGACCAAGAGACAUUCGAUGCCAAUACAAAAAAACUGGGGACCAUUACUCAUCAGUGCUUUGCUGUAAUAAUUACACAUGGGUUUGAAUGUAAAGUUCAUACCUUUGCCAACAUUUUUUUUUACUACUGAGGUGUUUUUUUUUCUUUUUUUCUAAAGGUGGCUCACACCACUUAACACUAGUAGACUUGUUUCCUGGUUUUGUAUUUAUUUCAUACAACAUUGCACUUCAAGGGGAUGCAAUGGUUGGAGUCCUACUUUUUAAAAAAAUAAUAUGGAUCAAAAAUACAUGAAAACAUCAGCAAUAGUUUUGCAUUUGGUACUUAUUUGGGAUGUUGUUAUCUGUUAUUUAGUUAAUGUCACACAGCUUACUUCCAAGAGUAUAACAUCCAAUAAAACCAAAUAGUCAGAUUGCUUUCAUAACACUACAUUUGUAAUCUUUUCAGUUAAGAGUGCCAUCUUUUAUGUUUUAACUGGAUCUGUGUUUUGAAUAUGUAUAUAUUCCAAACCGUCUGCUCUUCAAAGAUCCGUUGAAGUGAAAAUGAAGGUAGCGAUGUUACUCUACUCAUUGAAGGAGUAAGGACCUUACUCCUUGCAUUACCUUUUGAAAGUUAUUUUUUGGAGAUGUUUUUUUAUGUGUGAAUAUAUGAUUGCAGAAUUGUAUUUUAGGUAAGAGAUGCCAAAUUUCAAAUGUGUUGAAUUAUUUGUGUGAAUUGUACUUGGAAACACUAACAGCACUGUUGUUUACGCAAGAUUUCUUUUUGAUUUCGACUUGUCUUGAAUUCCACCCACUUUCUCAUUGUUAAGUGCAAAUGAACUAUAAUGACUUGGACAGUCUGAACAAAAGUACAAUAACUGUACAGAGAAACAUGAUAAUAAAAAAAACGCAUUUGAACAACUUGCGUCUUUCUUUACAAUCAAGUUCUUCUCAUGAAUCUGAAAGUUGUAAAUAUGACAUGUCUUGGUAAAAAAUUUUCAGCAUUACAAAACAUUGUGACCAAAGGCUAUU